UUUAAACAUGAAAAGUGUUUACUUUUUAUCGCUUAUCGUUAAGUAAUCACAAUAUGUUAUCAUUGGUUGCAUUGACAGCAAUACGUCCUCAAGUGAUCAUCACUUCCAACCAUUUUAUUGUUUAGAUUCAUUGAAUAUCUCACAAAAUCACUGAAUCUCUUUGUGUCCAUUAAUUGGCAUUAAUUAUGAAAUAAAUUGAUUCAUAAAUCCGUGCAUCGAUUCAAUACAAGAACCCAUUAAUUGCAGUCACAAUGGAUUGGGUGACCGAUGAAUGGUAUGAAUUGACUUUCAAUCAGUUGUUGUCAUACAUGGCAUCGGCGGGUAUCAUCUUCGGUGGUGUCGUACCAUAUAUUCCUCAAUACAAGCAAAUCAAAGAGAGUGAGAGCGCCGACGGCUUCUCUACUUAUGUCUGUUUGGCUCUACUCUUAGCCAAUAUUCUUAGGAUUCUCUUCUGGUUUGGCCGUCACUUCGAGACACCCCUUCUUCUGCAGUCAAUUAUCAUGAAUUUAGCCAUGAUUUUGAUGAUAGAGCUAUGCGUUCGGGUCAACCAUAAGAAUCAAUUGAUUCCCAGUAAAAACCGAUUCUUUAUUGCCAAAUUGAAUUGAAUGCUUGAAUUUGACGACUUUUGACGAUUGCAUUUGACUUUUGACUUUCCAACAGACAAUCUGAGUUCACAUCCAAUUAAUAACCACUUAAUUAAUGAUAAGAAAUGCAUGAAUUACAUGUUAGAUAAAUCGGGUUCAGUUUAUUUCAUUGAUUUAAAGAAUAGUAGUGGUAGUGAUGGAAGUUCUUGUGAAUUGAAGCCAAAAAAGUUUCUUGAUCUCGAUAUUCGCUACUUCUGGCAGUGGACUGAUUUUACCAGUUAUAUUGAAUGUUUGGCCACUUUUACUGUUUUCAGUGGACUCUUAAU